UUCAAUGACGGCCUAGGAACAGUGGGUUAACUGCCUGUUCAGGGGCAGAACGACACAUUUGUACAUUGUCAGCUCGGGGAUUUGAACUUGCAACCUUUCGAUUACUAGUCCAACGCUGUGACCACUAGGCUACCCUGCCGCCUACAAGGACCCUUUGAGAGACUAUUUUACCUACUCUACUCUAUUAGGAGUGGGUGAGAAGGACAGUGGCAGAUUUUCUCCAGGUAUUUUCUCUGUCUCUGUGUCAGGAUGGCUGGCUGUACCUGCCGCUGCAGACAGGGGGUGCUCAAGUUCAUCCAGUCUUUACGCAGACUCGUUUUUGGGACCCUCACAAAAGACAAGAUUGACGAUGAGUUGGAGAUGACCAUGGUGUGUCACAGGCCUGAGGGUCUGGAGCAGUUGGAGGCCCAGACCAACUUCACCAAGAGAGAGCUACAGAUCCUCUACCGCGGCUUCAAGAAUGAGUGUCCGAGUGGAGUGGUGAAUGAAGAAACAUUUAAACACAUCUACGCCCAGUUCUUCCCCCAUGGAGAUGCCAGCACAUACGCUCAUUAUCUCUUCAAUGCAUUUGACACAACAAACAAUGGGUCCAUUAAGUUUGAGGAGUUUGUAAUGGGACUGUCUACACUGCUGCGGGGCACUAUGAGAGAGAAGCUAGAGUGGACUUUUCAUCUUUACGACAUCAACAACGAUGGAUACAUUAACAGAGAGGAGAUGACUGAGAUUGUGAGGGCCAUUUACGACAUGAUGGGGAAAUAUACCUACCCUGCACUCAAGGGAGAUGUCCCUAAACAGCAUGUGGAUGCUUUUUUCCAGAAAAUGGAUAAAAACAGAGCUGGGGUAGUGACUUUAGAGGAGUUCAUUGUCGCAUGCCAGGAGGAUGAAAUGAUGAUGAGAUCCAUGCAGCUCUUCGAAAAUGUGAUGUAAAAAAGGAGCCGAUGGAAGGAAGGAGAGAAUUAGAUAAUGAGCGAGAUUGUGUGUGUGUUUCAGUGCAUUCGUGUGAGUUCAUGUGCGCGUGCGUGUGUCCACACGUUUGUUUAUCCGCGCGUGUCUGUCAGAGCGGAUGAAUGUGGAUGUAUAUCUAUCUCUCUCAUCCUCUCAUCUAACAUGUCAGCAUUCAUGUGUUUGCCAAAUAAUGUCUCUGCCUGGCUACCUGCCUGGGUAUGGAUCAGAUGAAGCCAGAACCGCUGAGAGAACCCUGGACUUGCUAGUCAUAUUACUGAGCCUGGGAAUAUGCAAACAAAUUACCUGGAAAAUGCUUUCUGCCUUUUUAUGUGACAUAAAGGUUUGUAAAUCAGAUGAUCAUACAAUAUAGACUGCAGUGUGAUACAGCUGGGAAAACUCAAACCCAUAGGCUGCUCCCCGAUUAGGCCUAUGUGGAAACUCCUGAAAGACUCCUGACCCCUACCUUUCAUAAACUGAAACUACGCCGGGAUACUUUGGGUUCUUUUGACUCCGCUCUUUUUGCCAAAAUAGAUGCAUGCUUGAGCCAGAGGGAUUCCUCCCUCCCUACCGUCUAUGCGCCCUACCAACCAUUUGUUUGUCCAGGACUUGGACCUUUAAACUCAUUCAUUCAGUGAUUGAUUUAUCGAUAGCUAUGAUCUACAUAUCUGCUUAUUUAUUAAUGUGUUUAUGCUCGAAAAAUAUGAGGUUGUCCUAAUGUAUUAUUUGUUUGUUUUAAUUGUUGUUUCUGUUUCACUGUUGUCGUGGUGACCUCUGUACCUCUGUUGGCUUGGCUGUCGCACUCCUGUCUAUCCUUGUAAUUGUGUCUGUCCCUGACUGAUGCCUGUUCUACUGUAUGCUUAUAAAUACACUUAAUAGACUUGG